AUGGUCGCCAGUCGAAAGGAACCUAAUGCAGGAGCCGCUCCUCUUCCUCCUCCACCUUUGUCGUCCAAUUCACCGUCAACUGUUUCGGUUCGUCCGGUGGUUGCACGGCCCUAUUCACAGCUCCAGUUGACCAUUGAGCCCGAUUGCUUCAUCCUACAAUCACACACGCCUGCCUCAGAGGACACCGGACCUACAGGGACCCCUCAUGCCUCGGCCGACAUCCUUCGGAUUUCUUUCCGAACUACAGACUCGAACACAAAGGAAGCACCUACAGAGCCAGCAACAGAGAAGGCAACAGAGUCCGAGGUUAAGGAGCAGGCAGAAAAGGAACCAAUCGGUCUCUCUGCGAUGUCUGAGGAGCACCCUCAGCGCGUUUCGCUUAUUUCUCCAGAUUCUUAUGUGCGAUCGGAGGGUGCUAAGGACUAUAUCAUCUAUGGCUGCAUUGGUUUCCUAGAUCUUUACUCUGGUAAGAAACACGGCCGCCCUCAAUCAUCUGUGGAAAUCAGUCCUGUGCGACUCGCCCAACUGAAUCGGAAAUUGGAGACUGACAUCACAAAUGGCUACCUGUUAUUUGUAGGUCCGCACUUCGUUGCCAUUACCUCGGUCAAGUCGCUGGGAAAUAUCGAAGACAAGCCCGUAUAUGCGAUCAACAGGGUUGCCGUCUUGCCCAUGGACGCUCACGAGGCACGCCAGAUCCUGGAUAAGCUGGCUCAACCGAUCGACUCUUCUUUGGGCCCCAUUCUGAACAUCGAGCAGGAUGCCGAACUUUUAGCCAUCCAGCAAUCGUCGCUAGCGCCUGCCGAUAUUCCAGGAGGACAGGCGGUCUCGCCUAUACCCACCAAGUCGCCAAAGUUUAGGUUGUCCUUCUUGGGCAUCAAGCAGGAUCGUGACCAGCAACAGCAGGCAGUAUCGCCCAGUCCAAGCUUGGCCGAGCAACUCAACCAGUCGAGCCAAAGCACGGGCGUAGUCACCGAUGUCGCUCCAGCAAAGUCCAAGCGGAUAGCAUUCGACAUUCCAGGAUCAGCCCCCGAGAGUAAGACUGAGGAUCUAAACAAGGUCAUUGUUGGGUCAAAAGAUGCUGCAGCUCCAGCACCACCCUCGUCGCCACCAGCGUCGCCGACGCGGCGCUCAAGCCCUGGAUUCUUUGCGAAGUUGUUGGAGAAGAAACCCCGAUCCAAGCCCACCGGCGUUGAUCUUUCCAGUACUGUCGCGGUGUCUGAUAACCCUAGACAGGAGAGCGUCGAAGGUCCUGCUUUGGUCAUUACUGAGCAGUCGCCUGCGGAACCAACAGGAAAGGCCACAGAAAUAACGACGACAGUCGUCAAGACAGAGAGGCCGCCCUUGAGCUCAAGAUCUCCUUCUACAUUCGAAGCGGCGGAAAAGUUUAUGACUGAAUCGACCAAGCAACUGGCUGACUGGGGUGAGGAGGCCGUUUCGGGCGUGAUCAAGUCAACAAAAUCGUUCACCUUGAUGAAGACCACACCUGAACCUACGGAAACCGAUCCAGCUCACUUGACGAUCGACGUUACUCUGGAUGCUGCUGGCGUUUCAGAGGACGAGCUGGACAGGAUUCGGACAAUGGACCGUCGCAUCAUACGCGAGAUCGUGUCUAUUUUCGGCACAGGAUUCUACUUUUCGACAGAGUUCAACCUUCUCUCAUCGAUGCAGUUUCGUUCUGACCUUGCCAAGUCUGCACCGCCAAACACCGAGCCACUCUACCGACAUGUGGAUGAGCGGUUUUGGUGGAACAAACACUUGCUCAAAGAACUUAUUGACAUUAAGGCUGAUGGAUACAUUUUACCGGUGAUGCAAGGAUAUGUCGAGAUUGAACCAUGUAUCAUCGAAGAACAGUCGUUCGAGUUCACGCUCAUCUCCAGAAGGAGUCGCGACCGUUCUGGACUACGAUACCAACGCCGAGGUAUUGACGAGCAUGGCAACGCCGCCAACUUUGUCGAGACCGAGCAGUUGCUAAGAAUCGUGCGACAUGAUAGCGAUCACCAAGUGUCGUUUGUACAGACUAGAGGAUCGAUCCCUCUCUUUUGGUCUCAGUCACCUUAUCGACUCAAACCCGUCCCCGUCAUGGAGAGGACUGAACAGGAGAACUAUCAAGGAUUCAGCAACCACUUCGAGAUGCAACAAUCUCGAUACGGUCGGCAGAUAUGUAUCAACCUCGUCGAGCAGCAUGGGCGAGAGCAGGUCGCCGGCUCUGCAUACGUGGAGUUCGACUUUCACGAGCAGUGCAAGGGAAUGCGGUACGAGAACAUUGAGCGGUUGAUCAAGAGUUUAGAGGGCCCUAUCCAGGAACUCGGAUAUUGUUGGCUAGCACCAAGAAACGAAGGCGCGGCGAACAACAGAAAGGAUGGCGAGUCAUGGGAGCGGCUCUACGACCAAAAGGGCGUCAUUCGGACCAACUGCAUGGACUGCCUUGACAGGACAAAUGUUGUCCAGAGCGCCAUCAGUCGCCAUGUCCUGAACCACCAACUACUCCGUCUCGGAAUCGCUUCUUUUCCUGACAAGGGCCUGUCGGUCUACGAAGAGUUUGAGAAUAUCUUUAACCACGUCUGGGCGAAUAAUGGCGAUGCGAUCAGUCGGGAGUAUGCUGGAACGAGUGCUCUCAAAGGCGACUUUACUCGGACGGGCAAGCGGAACCUUCAAGGAAUGAUCAACGACGCCACCAAUUCUGUCGCAAGAAUGUACCAGAACACCUUUAAGGACUAUUUCCGACAGGCUGCAAUCGACUACCUCUUGGGAUCGACUGAUUUGGAUGUGUUCAAGAACUUGCAGACGACUGCCUUUGGAACGGCGGUUGUGCCCGCUCCCAUUCUGCCUCUUCAAGAACCACUGGAACAAGAAAUGUCGACCGCGAACUUGCUGGCAACCGACUCGACUGGCGUAGCAGUAACAGGGUUGCUCCCAUCGCUCAUUCCGCACCCCUCGGAGUCUUUGGCUUCGUUGUCGUCCGAGUCGUCCGGACCAGAAGUGGAUUCGCAGGAAGCAUGGGUCAAGAUCCGAGAGGCCGCGAUUGAGUCGUCUGCCGAGAUUGUCAUUUCGCCUGGCGAGGAAGUGUGGCAGGGCUGGACCUUUGUCUGCUGCUCGAAUGAGAUCAGCAGCGCCCUCACAUCGGCCUCAUCUCCUCAGGCCUCACCCAUACAGCCACUUUCAACCAGCCUAGCUUCGAUGCUCAAGUCCUCGAGCAUGAAGAGUAACUCUGGAACCAACUCUGGCACCGCUGGCGAUGCUUCUGACACCUCAUCAACGGUGUUUUAUGACGAAAAGGUCGUGCUGCUGACAGAGAGGGCGCUUUAUAUUUGCACUUACGACUAUGAGAUGGAGAAGGUUCUAGAGUUCUGGCGGCUGGCUUUGGAAAAGAUGACAGGAAUCGACAAAGGCACCUACUUUUUGACCGCGCAGGACAAGACACCCCAGGGCCAGAAUCCAUUGGAGAACUAUGGAUUUGCAGUUGUGUACCGAGCCAACGCUGGAGGUGAGACACUGAGAGUCAACAGUGGUAGUGUUCGUAACCGCAGGAUGAUGGGCAUGAACCGGACACCACCAACGCUGGGUCAGUUGCAGGAGGAAGACGAGUAUUAUACCUCGGCGGAAUUGAACCUGGAGCAGGUCGAUUCGCGGUCGUCUGGAGGAGGAGCUGAUCUGGAGGAACAAAAUGAUGACAGUCGGUCGGCCAAGAGUAUCUUGAAGGACGAACAGAAGGAUAUCCGGUCUGUGCGGUUCAAGAUUGUCAAGCACCCUGGGACCUCGAUCGUGCCGUAUAUGACUUCGUCAACGACUGACCCUGGUCAAAGCAACAAGGCUAACCCCUCUGGCUACACACGGACCGCCCAGGACUGUGUCGAGUGGGUUGUGACGGAGAUUAUCCAGGCUCGUUGUGAGCUGAUUGCAGUCUCUGAGGGCGUCUCUUCUCCUGUCUCGUCGUCGUCGUCGCAGCAGAGAAUGUCGAGAGCGUUGGAGGCCACCCCACCAGGUCAAGUCCGGAGUCACCACCCACGGUCACCAAGUGAGGAGUACAACUACCAGUCACCCCGGUCGAAACGACGAUCCUCUGUCCAGGUUGAUCUGAUGAUUCGCGAUAGAGACUUGCAGAGCCUCGAGGUUGCUGGCCAGUUGGAGAAGGAUGCCAUGAAAGAGUCAGAAGAGGCUGAGAAGAAGAGAAAGCCCAAGAAGCCGUUCUCUGCCUUCUUUUCGUCGUCAAAGACAUCGUCAUCGUCAUCCUUGUUUCGGAAUGAGGCCGUUACUGCAACAGGAGGAGGAAGUCUUUUGCCGCCACCCAGCAACAACCGGUCCUGGCUCAAGAAAUUCCAGUUUGGACAGGAUACCGAUACUGAGUCGGAUGACGACGAAGAAGGCCACCACUCUCGAUCCCGUCAACGGUCGCCGCGCCCUGCUUCCGUAAAUGCCCCUGUUACCACUACUGUCGUCACGACGACGACGAGCGCCGCCGGUGCUGCUGCUGCUCAGAUCACCGAGGGACAGGAUUUUCAGGCGGCGUCGGCGUCAGUGUCGGCAUCGGCGGAGGAAAGUGGUCGAAGACGAUCGUCCAGCCAGCAGCGGAACAGUGGCCAGGGCGCGUUUGCAAAGUUUAAGCAGGCUGUUAAGAAUCUGUAG